AUGAGUAUCGAAAUUGAUGGUAUUUUAAAGAACCUAGCUACAAUUCCUGGAGUUACUGGUUAUCUGGUUCUUAAAAUGAAUGGUCUUCCAUACAAAACAUCACUCAGAGAAGCCGAAUCAGUUCAUUACGCAGGAUUAGUCAGCGAAUUUGUUAAAAAAGCAAAAGUAUCUCUUGAAAAUAGCUUACUUCCAGGUGCAAUCAGCCAAAUUCGGGUUAGAUCUCACAAGAAUGAAAUUAUUAUUGUUCCAGAUAAUGACUUCAUUCUCGUAGCUAUACAGGAUGCCACCAUUCCAGUUUAA